AUGGCCGAAUCCUCUGUUUCUAAGUCUGUUUCGGCUGUAAGCCAAAACAAAGAGUAUGUUUCAAAUCUAGCUCAUGGACGUGGUAGUUUCAUAGAUAGAAUAUUCCCAUUAAUCGAUGAAAUUUCACAAUUUACAAAAAUGCCAGAAUGGAUAAUGAAUAUUGUAAUGUUUUACUUUUCAUUGCAAUUACUCUCUGUAGGUCUUUGGAUAUACACUCCAAUCUUUGAAAGAGUCUCAGAAAAGUAUCAUUCGCUUUAUAAUGGAAUAAUAUCGGCGUUCACGAUUAACACUCCUCAUACAUAUACCAAAUUCAAUGAUGCAUUCUUAAUACUAUGCGUUGUUGUUGCUGCAGUUUCCAUUUGCUGGAUAAUUUCAAUGAUUGUUUACAAUAACAAGUAUUAUACAAUUUCAGAGCCAUUUCUUUACAUAUCAUCAAUAAUCAUUGAUAUUAUUGAUCCUAUUUUCAUCAUUCCAAGUGCAUUUGUACUCAAUCAUGGAAUCACGGGCUUGAAAUUCGGUUUUUCAAUCAACUAUAUUGCAGAAAUAAUAGGUGGUUCAUUAUCAUGCAUUGUAUUAAGUGCUAUAUUCCUUCUUAAUACAAUGCUAAGAUCAAGAAGUGUUGUGUUAAGUAAUUUGUUAUUCCCAUCAUUCCAAACAAUCGGAAUUGCACUUUAUAUAGUUGUUAAUACAGUGUUUUCAGUGAUUUCUGCUAUCUUUACAUUCUUUGAUCCAUGGUAUUUUGUUUUAUUAAAUUUAAUUCAUCUUUUCAUCAUGGGAUACGUUUGUUACAGUAUCUGGUACAUUCCUUUCUAUCAUAUAUGGCGUAACUCACUAAUGAUGUCUUUCUCAAUUACUUCAAUUGUCUUGGAUAUCAACUUUUUAGUUUUGUGUAAUGCAUGA